AUGCUUUUCAAGAAUUUUGUGUACUUGGUGUUCGUUGCAGCGCAUCUGAUGUUGAAGAUGACAGACGCUGGAUUGCGAGGAAUCUUAGGCCUGUUAAUCUUCCUCGCGGUGUCUAGCAUUCUAUUCAUAUUGGUUAGACUGGUUAUUGCCGCCUUAUGGACACAGCGCUUGAUUGUGCACAACCUUCAUGUGAGACCAGAUUUCCUAGGCAGGCCUCUUCUGUUUCCAGCCAAGCUGUCUCAUGCACGCAGAUUUCCUGCAACUGAACGAUACAACUACUGGUAUGACUACUUCAUGAUAGGUAUUCCAGUGGGGUUUCGCGGUCGGAUUGGAAAUCUCAUCUCUAUUGACAAUCAGCCUACGUCGGAGAGCAUUCUGGAGAAAUGCUGGUUUACAAUCGACCCGGCUUACUAUCUUGAACCUGGGAGUGGUGACCGAACACUUGAAGAGAAGUUACAUAUCUUCCUGCAUAAUCUAGGCGAGAACCCUCAGGAAUUUCCAUACGCUUACAUGGUCAGCGUCCCGCGAUUUUUAUGGUGGCAGAAAAGUGCAAUCAGUUACUGGUACCUCUAUACACCAACGAGAGUGUUGACUGCAAUGAUUAUGGAGAUCAACAACUCUUUUUACGAGAAGAGGAACAUUUUUUUCCGCUUGACUGAAGAUGGCAUGUCUGUUGAUGAGACGCCACAUCCUCCAUUGACGAUUAUAGCCUCGGCCAAGGAGACCGGCGAACCGGUAUCUCUCUGCUCUCUCUCCCCUGCUUCGAAGAGAAAGUACUACAAAGGGUAUUGGGAUAAGGUAAUUUUUGGUUCUCCUUUCGAAAAGGUUGGAGGAUAUAUGCUUGCAAAGACUGUGGACAUUCUCCGAGGGCCAUCUCUCCAGUCCACCUUGAGCUCCAACAACCCAGAUGGGCAGGUGAAAGUCACAAGUCGUCUCGCCUCUUGGGGUGAUCCCGUCGACCCAUUGACGACUAGUGGUUGGGAUAUUGCUCGCUUCAUUACUCGUUGGACGCAUGUUGGAGCAUUGUCUGCGCCUCGGAUUGUCAAGGAAGCUUUGCGGGUCCGCUUUCGUGGCAAUCUGAGAUAUUUACAGAGACCUGAGGUCCACCCUGGGACAAAUCCACGAAAGGAAACUAAUGUUGAGAGACCCAUCCUGAAAAUUGAGACCUUGACUCCACGGUUCUAUACCUCAUUAACAGAUCACCCAGACGCCAAAACCGCCUUCGAUAGAGAAACAGCAGUGCGUCCCACAAACUCGGACCCAGACUCCCGCUACCUUUACGUAUCCGAUCGCUCCCUCCUGGAUAAACUUCUUGCUUCUUCAGGCUCCUCCAUAGAGGCGAGCUUUAAUAAAGCCAGCAAGCCCGUAUCAAACCACCAUGCAGACCAAUAUGGGAUAGCAACAGCGCUUCUCAGAUUCAUUAUCUCGAAACUGCGCAGAUCUCCUCAAGAAACACUCAUCGAUCGAUUCGUCUUUCACGACCAUGGUCGUUUUUCACCAUCCCAACAAUUGACUUACCUGGUUAGUGUUUUGCAUUAUCAAUUGUCGCUUCGCCUUCCCAUCGAGUCCCAAGCCAUUGUAAUGCUGGGCUUCAUCACUGCCCGUGCAAUAAUAGUUGACGGUCUAUUGAACGCUUUCUACCCUCUCUGGGCACGGGAAGGUCUCGCAAACUGGGUUCGUGAUGAGGCGCGCAUAACUCCUGUUACGGGCGCCUUGGCGUUUGCGGGUUGGGACAUGAUUAACAACUAUAUUGGGCAUUAUUAUACCAAUCCAUUCGCAUGGGGGGAGGGUCUGUAA